AUUAGGGUGUGGUUGCACAGCUCAGCCCAGUAGUUUUAUUCCACUCUGACUUUACUCACUUCUUCUCUUUCCUUCGGCGAUCCUGCGUGCGGCAAGCGAACUAUCCUCUUGCGUGUAGGUUAAAAUACUGUUUAAAAGACAAGAACUCUUACAAUGGCCGGCAGAGGUUCAGUGAGACCCUAUGGUGGCUUCAACGCCAGCGACGACGCCACCGCCCUCAGCAAGGCCAUGAAGGGCUUCGGCACUGAUGAGGAUACCAUUCUUCAGCUUCUGACUGCACGCAGUAACAACCAACGGCAGGAAAUUAAAGCCACCUAUAAAACCCUAUUUGGCAAGGACUUGGUGGAUGAUCUGAAGUCAGAGCUGGGUGGAAAGUUCGAGACUCUGGUUGUGGGUCUGAUGACUCCUCCCAAUGCCUAUGAUGUGGAGCUGCUCAGAAACGCCAUCAAGGGAGCGGGGACUGAUGAGAAGGUACUGAUUGAGAUCCUGGCCUCCAGAACAGCCAUUCAGGUCCGAGACAUCAUUGCUGCUUACAAGCAAGAAUAUGACGAUGACCUGGAGGAAGAUGUCACAGGAGACACGGAUGGCCAUUUCAAGAGGAUGCUGGUGAUUCUGUUACAGGCAAGCAGACAGCAAGGAAUCCAGGAGGGCAAAAUAGACAGUGAUGCUCAGGCCCUGUUUGCUGCCGGAGAGCAGAAGUAUGGCACUGAUGAGGAGCAGUUCAUCUCCAUCCUGGGCAACCGCAGCGCUGCUCACCUCCGCAGGGUGUUUGAGGCGUACAUGAAGCUUUCUGGCUAUGAGAUCGAGGAGAGCAUCAAGAGAGAAACCUCUCGCCAUCUGGAAACUGUUCUCCUGGCUGUGGUCAAGUGUGCCCGGAGCGUUCCAGCCUACUUUGCUGAGAUGCUCUACUAUGCCAUGAAGGGGGCAGGCACGGACGACCAAACUCUCAUCCGAAUCAUGGUGUCUCGCAGUGAGAUAGAUAUGCUGGAUAUCCGUACAGAGUUUAGAAGAAUGUUUGCCGCCACUUUACAUGACACGAUCAAGGGUGACACUUCUGGGGACUACCGUAAAGCCAUGCUCUUGCUCUGUGGAGGGAAUGACGCAUAACCUACGCCUCCAACUCACAGAGGAACAUGAAGGGGCCACCAUGCCCUCAACAAUCACAGGACACAGAUCCAUGCAAUAAUUACUCUUAAUAACUUGUUUUUUAACAACUGUCUGCUCAGACAUGGAAGGUUUCAUUACGGUCUACUAAAUUUCCUUUGGUAUACUAAAGAUAUACAAUACAAUCAAUGUAUUUAUUAGGUAUAUGCUCACUAAUAGCAUAAUCACAUGUUUAUAUUCAUUUUUAUGUUGCUAAUCAUGAUUUUAUACUAUUCUCUUAGCUGAUUUUUGCACGGAAGUUGUCAUUAUUGGUAUGCAUUUCGGAAAAAAAACUGGUUGUUAUGUGAACAUUUCAUCUGAAGGUCAUUAACGGAAAUUGACUGAACCCUCUUGGUGCUGUGAAGAGCAGACUGCACAGUGCUCUAGAUGACGAUGCUUAAACCAUGCCUCUGUCAAUGACGUGUGUACUCAGGCUGCUGAGCUGCUGGAAGUCAUUCCUGAAUAAAGCAGUUCUCAUUAUGCUA